CCUCACCUUCGUUCCGUCUCGCCUCCUUUGCCCUUUCGUUCGCCAUGGCCAUCACGAAGGAACCCGGUCAGAAGGGCGUCAGCUGGUCAAACAUCGCUGUCGGUGCUAUCAUGAACAUGGUCGAGGUCACGACUCUCGGUCAACCGCUCGAGGUCCUCAAGACCCAGAUGGCUGCCAACCGGUCACAAACCAUGUUCCAGGCUAUCAAGACCGUAUGGAGUCGGGGUGGAGUUGCCGGUUUCUACCAGGGUCUUAUUCCAUGGGCAUGGAUCGAGGCGUCAACGAAGGGUGCCGUUCUGCUCUUUACCGCCUCCGAGAUCGAGACCACCGCGACCUCGGCGGGCAUCAGCCCUGCUGUAGCCGGCCUCCUGGGCGGUAUGGGUGGUGGUAUCUUCCAAGCAUAUGCGACGAUGGGUUUCUGCACGUGCAUGAAGACUGCUGAGAUCACCCGGCACAAGCAGGCGGCGGCUGGCAUCAAGCCUCCGUCCACUUGGGCAGUCUUUGCCGACAUUUACCGUCGGGAGGGUAUUGCUGGCAUCAACAAGGGUGUGAACGCCGUCGCUGUCCGGCAAUGUACGAACUGGGGCUCUCGCAUGGGCUUCGCGCGUCUCGCGGAGGACAGCAUCCGGAAAUUCAAGGGCAAGGGCGAGGAGGAGAAGCUUUCGGCUCUCGAAAAGAUCCUUUCUUCGUCGAUUGGCGGUGCGCUCGCUACCUGGAAUCAGCCGAUCGAGGUUGUUCGGGUGGAGAUGCAGUCAAUGGCUAAGGGUGCGGAGCGGGGGGAGAAGAAGACGAUCCUCAACACGCUCUCGUACAUCUACAAGGAGAACGGGAUCAAGGGUCUGUACCGUGGUGUCACUCCCCGGAUAGGCCUUGGUAUCUGGCAGACUGUGUGCAUGGUCUCCUUCGCUGACUACGUCAAGCUCUGGGUCAAGGGCCAAUGAUGAUGAUGAUGAUGAUGCUUGCUGGACUGGUGUUUGUCGAAUAGACUCUUAGAGGCCACGAAGCUUAUUCGCGAUUUACCCUGUGAUUAUUGCUACCUUACGUUCUAUACCAAUGCUCUUAUGGCUGUG